AUGAAGCUUAUCUUCAAUUAUGAUUUUGAUAUAGUCUAUGUGCUUAGAGUUGAGAACAUGCUGAGUGAUGCAUUAUCCUGCUUAUAUUCUAAUGAUGAUGUUGAUACUAUAUAUAUAGCAUCAGAAUUUUUGAUCUAUGAUGAAGAUUAUCCAUUUAUAAAAGACAACAAGAACUUGACUGCUUCUCUUUUAGUUGGACUUGAAGCAAAUGCAGUAUAG